CUGAAAAGGAAACAAACAAAACAAUAAUAAGAGAGGGAAAGGGAAAGGGCUCGUUAGUUGCAUUAAUUGUACCCCACUCCCGUGACUUCCCCUCUCUCUCUCUCUAAUCUUUGCAUCUGGAGCCCCCCAAUUAAAUAAUUAUACUAAUUUCAAACCUCCUAAAAAGUAUUUUUGUCUCCCCAUUUUCCCUCACAAAUAACAAUCCCAAUUUUUGCCAAUCAAUUCACUCUCCCAUCUUCAAAUUCUUGCUCUGAUUUUCUCACUCUAAAGUCUUAAACCCAUCUUCCCCCUUUCAUCUUCCUUCUUCCAACUUGAGUUUAAACGAGCUCUUUUUUUUCUUUUUUUUUUUUCCCAUAUAAAAUAUUAUUGAUACACAGAGACAAGAAUCUAAUUAUCUGUGAAUAUUUUUUUUUUUUUAUUAUUAUUAUAUUUUGGUGUGCGUGUAUGUGUGUGUGUGAGAGUAAUAUUUUAGGCUUUUAACAUUAUCGGUAAAGGUGGAGAAUUUUUAUUCUUUCUUCUUAGGUGAAGAGUGGGGGAAUGCUCGUUGAUUUUUGAGCUGAUUUUCGGUUCAAAUUUGUCUGCAUUUCAAGUAUUGUUUCCGAUCUGUAAUUCUUGGCUAUGAUUUUCGGAAUGCUUUGCGUUGAGGUUUUGUGUUGGGGUUGGUGAUUGAUAAGUUAGGGUUUUUGGAGUGGAUACUGGGGACUGUAAUGGUGUGGAAUUGAAAGGUUUUAGGGUUUUCUAGAGAUGAAUCGGAGUUUUAGGGCUGAAGAGACGGGAUUGUCGCGGAGGCAACCGCAGCAAAUGGGGAGUUUAAGGACGUCGAUGAUGAGAGAGAAAGAAGACGAGCUUGCACUGUUCUUAGAGAUGAGAAAACGUGAGAAGGAACGGAAUGAUCUUCUUUUGCUUCACAACUCCGACGAAUUUGAUGCUCCCCUAGGACAAAGAUCUGGUAGUUCUCCUAUAUUUAAUAUCACCUCAAAUGCAUCUGCACCUGUUCGGAAGACUGCCACUGAUGACUUCCUCAAUUCUGACAACGAUAAAAAUGAUUAUGAUUGGUACGUUUGUUUUUUGAAACUGGCUUUGUCUUCUGUUGGUUGUGACUGGGAAUUUUAGUGUGCGGAGUUAUUGGUCUUGGCCCUUGGGUAUAAUUCAGAGAACUUUCCUUUUGCCACAUUGCUCCUAGGUUUGUUUACUUAAAUGUAUAUCCAUGUUUUGAACCCUGCAGAGACUACCUACAACACUGAAGUUUUUAGUGCUACAUAAAACUUAUAUUUCUCUGGUUUGUUUAAUGUUCGGUAGUUUGUCUUUGGUGUCUUCAAAAUUUUGAUCCGAAGAAGUUUUUUUUUCUGUUACCCUUUGCUGAUCUGUUUUAUUCUGCUCUUAGUCUAAAGAAGAUUUGCAGAUUAUGCAUUAUGUGCGCUUUAAGAUUCUGUUAGAAUGCGGACUGGUUCCUGUAACAUUGUUGAUGGAAAGAUUAUCUUGUUUCAGAUGUGAUAUUGUGAAACUACGCAUUCUUUUUGGUCUUCAUUUCUUAAUUAUUUUCUGUACAGUUUCAGUUAUGGUAGAAAAUCGUAAUACCCCUGUCCCCUGAAGUGAUACAUACUAUUCCUUGUCUUUCAGUAAUUUGCAGUGAAAGCAUUUUAAAGCAUUGAAAUUUAUGAUUCAUUUUUACAGGCUUCUAACUCCUCCUGGUACUCCUCUUUUCCCUUCAUUGGAAAUGGAAGCUCAAAAAACUGCUAUGAGCCAGCUGGGAACUCCUAAAGCUCGUCCCUUGGCUUUGAAAUCUAGGCUAGCGAACCCCCAAAUGGAACCUGCUCCAAGGAGCACCUUGUCCAGACAGCCAACUUCAUCACCUGGGGUGACACCUUCAAGUGCAGGUAUUCGCAGACCCUCUUCAUCAGGUGGAUCUAGGCCUUCCACACCAACUGGGCGCCCCACUUUAAGUGGGAUAUCUAAACCUGCUCCAACAUCCGCACCUAAGCCUACAACCAGUGCCGGUUCUAAAUCUUCAACAACAUCUAGAGCAACAUCAGCCACCAUAUCUAGACCUACAAGGUCCGCAACCCCUACUCGUACUACUUCAUCUGUAACUAAACCAACGGUUCCUUCAAGAUCCUCUACACCUACCAGCAGAGCUACAACAAGAUCCUCUACUCCUACAAGCAGAUCAACACCAACGGCCAGGUCGAGUAUUCCUCCACCGAAGCCUGCGUCUAGGUCGUCGACUCCUACUCGGAGACCUUCGACAGUAUCAGCCACAACAGUUACGUCAGCACCUCCAGUUAAAUCAACAUCUUCUGUAACUAAGUCAGUAUCAAGCACGGUAAAAAAUCCUGUGCAACCUCGUCCGAGCUCUCCCACUGUAAAACCCAGGCCAUGGAAGCCUUCAGAUAUACCUGGUUUUUCCCUUGAUGCACCACCAAAUUUAAGGACCUCGCUUUCUGAUAGGCCGAUAUCUGCAAGUAGGGGUCGGCCUGGAGCUCCAUCUGUUCGAUCUUCAUCUGUUGAACCUGCAUCAAAUGGAAGGGUUAGACGACAAUCAUGCUCUCCCUCAAGAGGAAGACCUCCUAACGGCAUUGUUCAUGGCAGUGGAAGCUCUGUUCCUGCUGGAAAUAGGCUAUAUGCUAAAGCAAAUGACAAUGUGAGCCCUGUUUUAUAUGGUACAAAAAUGGUUGAAAGGGUUAUAAACAUGCGUAAAUUGAUUCCUCCGAAACAAGAUGACAAGCAUUCUCCACUCAGUAACUUAUCGGGGAAGUCCUCGUCUCCUGAUAGUUCUGGCUUUGGACGAACACUUUCCAAGAAAUCAUUAGAUAUGGCUAUAAGACAUAUGGAUAUUCGGAAAACAAUCCCAGGUAACCUUCGGCCAUUGAUGACCAAUAUCCCGGCAUCCUCUAUGUAUAGUGUGAGAUCAGGGUCGACCAGAAGCCGUACAAUCAGUGUUUCGGAUUCCCCUCUUGCAACAAGCAGCAAUGCGAGUUCUGAAGUGAGCGUCAACAACAAUGGGAUUUGCAUGGAUGCAACUGAAAUAGAGGAUGAUAUUAGCAGCGAUAAGGGAGUUAGAUCUCCUGCCAGUUUGCGAGGCAGGUGAAGAGACAUGGAACUGGAACUCUACUUGAGAAGUGUUAUAAUUUGACUUAUUCCAGUAUGAGUUGUGACAGCUGGAAGACCUGUUUAUCAAAGACGCACUGACGGGGAUUUGGAUCGUGUCCAAUUCGUGUAAAGUUAAUUGCACAUUGUAGCUGUGUAGUAGUUUAAUUUGAUGUAUUAUUUAGAAACUAAGUUUUAUAUUAUGAUUAGUCAUUCUUCUGGUCAUUUGUGCAAGUGGGGAGUUUCACUGUACAAUAUCUAUCCCGAGCAUAAUAUCCCGCUUGUGAUCCAUCAAUUUUUCAGUAGCUUUUGCCGCGGUUGUCAUUGGCAAAUUCACAUGUCAAACCUGGUUGGUUUAAUUUAAAAUACUACAUCAGACAGGAGGGAUAAUUUAUUUUGCUACCUUGGGAUUAAUGGUUGGACAGUGGGCAUACGAUAAUCACUAGGUUAUUUAGAAAGAGAAAAUGUGGCU